UAAAAAAAAAAAAGUCGGCCACAGCCUCUUCCGCCUCUUACAUCUUCUUCAAAACGCAUUCUCUACUCCAUACGUACUACGCUCCUCCGCUACGUUUGCUUCCUAUCUAACAAAGCCAAAAAGAAAAGCAACAAGUGAUUUCGAUCGUACCUUCUCUCCGAUUCACUCGGUUCCGAUGUCGUUUAAUCAGAAUCUCACUCUGUUUUUCCACAGAUGAGUUCCGAACCGUUAGAUAGCGAUGACUCGGAGCCUUUCGUGGAAUCAGAUCCCACCGGUAGAUACGGCCGUUACGACGAGCUAUUAGGCUCAGGCGCCGUCAAAAAAGUCUACAGAGCCUUUGACCAAGAAGAAGGCAUUGAGGUCGCGUGGAACCAAGUCAAGCUCAGAUGUUUCUCCGACGACACUGCCAUGCUCGAGAGGCUUUACUCGGAGGUCAAGCUGCUUAAGAGCCUCGAGAACAGCAACAUCAUCGCCUUGUACAAGGUCUGGAGAGACGAGGGGAGCAACACCUUGAACUUCAUCACCGAGAUUUGUACCUCCGGGAACCUGAGAGAGUACCGUAAGAAGCAUAGGCACGUGUCCAUGAGAGCUUUGAAGAAGUGGUCCAAGCAGAUUCUCAAGGGACUGGAUUAUCUCCACACGCAUAAGCCGUGUAUCAUCCACAGAGAUCUUAACUGCAGCAACGUUUUCGUCAAUGGGAACAUCGGCCAGGUCAAGAUUGGUGAUCUUGGUUUAGCUGCGACCGUGGGGGAGAACCAUGUUGCUCAUUCGAUCCUCGGGACGCCGGAGUUUAUGGCCCCUGAGCUAUACGAGGAGAGGUACACGGAGAUUGUUGACAUUUACUCCUACGGGAUGUGCGUUUUGGAGCUUGUGUCGCUCGAGAUUCCGUAUAGUGAAUGCGAUAACGUCGCAAAGAUAUACAGAAGGGUGAGCAGUGGAGUCAGACCAGAGGCUCUGAACAAGGUAAAGGAUGUAGAAGCUAAGGCCUUUAUUGAGAAGUGCCUUGGGAAACCCAAGGCGAGACCUUCUGCUGCUGAGCUUCUUCGUGACCCGUUCUUUGACGGGAUAGUCGAUGAUGAUGAUGAUGAUGAUGAACAAGUAGAAAACAAUGAAAAUUGUGGAACUGGUCGUAUUGUUUCUUAAUGAUGUAUGGAUGGAUACAUACAGUGACCAGUUAUUUUGUCCUCUAUUGGGCUGAGUCUAUUUUUUACAUUUUGAGAUGCAUUGUUUCGUUCUUUUUCUUAUUAGUUUGUGCAUAAUCUUCUAAUUCGAGAUGAGUAUUGCCAUAUUACACAGCUUUCUUCCCUUUA